CAGAAGUAUGUCUAUGCAUGGACUCUCUGUACAUUACAGAAUAACAAUUUCAAAUGCAAGCAAUUCAAGUAAUAUAUUUGCAUGAUUAAAUUUUAUCAUAAGCCCACAAAACAGCAAAUCUCAUGAAGUAUUACAUUUGAAAUGUACAGCGUGUCCACAAAGUCCCUUCGGGGAUUUGAAAAAUUGUGGCGCGCAAACAAAUUGAGCUAGCCACAUGCCGUUUGCGGCAGAUUACAGUGAAACUCUAGAAGUUUUUUAUUGACCUCAGUAGACUUCGAUCUGGGCUCCCUUGGUAGUACAGAGAACGUCCAGACGAUAUUCGAGCUCUUGCCACGUUCUGUGGAGCAUGUCCGCUGGAAUAGCCGAGAUCGCAUUCCUGAUACGGGUCUUCAGGUCAUCAAGUCUGUUAAUUGGUGCUCGGAACACAUUGUUCUUGACAUGACCCCACAGGAAAAAACCCAGUGGUGUUAUAUCUGGUGAACGUGGAGGCCAAGGCAUUGGACCGUCUCUGCCGAAGGGACUUUGUGGACACACUGUAAUAUAAGGAAAUCUUUGUUAUGAUUUUUCUGUCCCCAGGUAAAUGGUGGGGACCUCAAGAUAAGCAGCCUGUCCUGGCAAUUCAUGGUUGGCAAGAUAAUGCUGGGUCAUUUGAUCGGCUGGCUCCGUUGUUGCCAGCACACAUUGCCAUUCUCUGCAUAGACUUGCCUGGGCAUGGUUUAUCUUCGCCAUACCCCAAAGGAUGCUUCUACUACUUGCAUUGGGAUGGUCUGUCGGUGGUGAGACGGAUUGUGAAGUAUUUCAAGUGGGAGAAAAUUACGAUCUUAGGACAUUCUUUAGGGGGUGCAAUUGGUUUUUUAUAUGCUGCCUCAUACCCGGAUGAUACCGAUAAAUUGAUCUGUAUUGAUGUUGCCAGUCCGGCUUUCGCUGAUGUAAGCGAGAUGGUAGACAUGACGAGAAGAGGCAUUGAUAAAUUCCUUAAAUAUGAAAAUUACACCAAAAAGGAUGAACCGUGCUAUGGGUAUGAAGAAAUGCUAAACGUAAUGUUGUUAGGGCACGAUGGAUCCCUUACAUUAGCAUCAGGUGAAAUCUUGGUGAAACGUGGUUCUUACAAAGAUCCAGUUACCAACAACUACUUAUUUACAAGGGAUGUUCGUCUGCUUUCACUAAUACCAUGUAUUUCACUAGAAGUAGCCUCAGAAUAUGCAAGAAAUAUUACUUGUAAAGUAUUGAACAUCAAAGCUAAGCCUGGCUCGAGGUACAGAUGUAACGAUCUUUAUCAUGCGAUUCUCGAUGAAAUCAAGGAGACUGCGAGACACUUUGAAUUCUUUGAAGUCGAAGGAACACAUCAUUUACAUUUAAACAACCCAGAAGAUAUAUCUUCAUAUGUGAUUAAUUUUUUAGAAUCGUGAAAGUCGGAAUGAGGCAAUUGCAUUCUCAGAUCCUGCUCAUCGGUGAGUGUGAAAAAUGAGCAUAAAUUCUGUUUUUACAGAUACAUCAGUAAUCACAUACAGUGGUUGAUAUACUGUACGCAAAGAAAAAAGGCAAAAGCCUAUUAAAAUUCAAGACUAUUCUCUUA